AUGAGCGCGUACGCGACGUCGCCGCCGCUGGGUCCGACCGCGCCGGGGCACGCCCCGGAGGUCGCGGCGGCGAUGCGACCGACCGACGUCGCGCCCGCGCCGCGGCACGGCGUCCGGAGGCGAGUCCACGCGCUCAGCGAUGACCUUGGUGCGAUCGUCGGGGAGGAUGUUUCGGACGCGACGAUGACGACCGAGGAGGAGAUUCGAGACGCGAUCGAUAAGGUCGUGAUCCACUACGACGCCUGCGGCUCGAGCGCGAAGUGCUUCGACGUCCUGCACAACCAGCGCGGGCUGUCGUGUCACUUCCUCAUCGACGUGGACGGGACGAUCUAUCAGACGUUGGACGCGAGAGAGCGCGCGUGGCACGCGACGACGGCGAACGACUCGUCCGUCGGCGUCGAGCUCGCGCACCGCGGCGCCGUCGAGAUGCCGAAAGCGUCCGCGGAAGAUGGAACGUCAACCGACGCGACCAACUCAGAGCACCCUCAUCGCGUCGUCGGAUUCGUGCACGGGCGCGAGCUGUCGCAGGCGCCGUUCGCCGACGCGCAGUACGCGUCCCUCGCGGCGCUCGUCGCGGGGGUGAUGCGCGCGUGCCCGAGGGUGCGAUGCGAGUACCCGAGGGGUACCGACGGCGAGGCGGCGACGACCAAGUUGGAGGACGACGCGCUGCGGGCGUUCCGCGGCGUGCUGGGGCACUUCCACGUGCAGACGAAUAAGAUCGAUCCGGGGCCGGCGUUCGAUUGGGAGGGCGUCGCGGCGCGCGUGAGGAAGAUGCGCGAGGAGGAGGGAGAGGACGAUCGAUAG